AUGUCCUACUUCCGCAUCACCCUCAUGCGCAGCGGCAUCGGCAUGCCGCAGAAGACGCAGGGCGUGCUCGCGGCGCUCGGCCUGCGCAAGCGCAUGGCUACCGUCUACCACCCCGUCUCGCAGUCGGUCGCAGGUCAGAUCAUGCGCGUGAAGGAGCUGGUCGACGUGCAGGAGGUCGACACCCCGCUGACGCGCGCCGAGCAGCGCGAGCUCAGGCGGCCCGACCCGGGCUACUACGUUGAGAGGAAGGCGCGGCGAUAA